AUGGAACAUUCUAAUUUACUGUCCCAAAAUGCAACAUUCCAACAUGGUGUCGGGGGCAUAUUGACAAUUUUAUUUACGGACAUUUUCAGGGUUUAUACCAAAACAUGAACGUUUCGACCAACAACUAUGUAAUCUAAUCCAUGAAGGACCUUGGGGACAUUCCAAUGAACUGAAGUCCUACAGGAUUUCUCUCCUGGAAUUACGGAGGUGGCGCAAUGCAGCCGGCGGCUCGGAAGAUGAACCACCGCUAUCGGAAGAAAGAAGAUGACAUCGAGAAGUGCGACCUUGGCGCACUGAUGCAAAACAUUCGGCGGCUGCAGCAGUUCGCCGAGCCCGUUAGAUGGUGCUGGGAAGUCGGAGCUUCUAUAGCAAGAUGGAAGAGACCAUGGCUGUCUGCUGGCUGCUGGUUGGUCAGUGUAGUCUUCUGUUACCUAGCAACAUCAGUAUCUCCCACCUGCAGCAUUGGACCACACAGGUGAGAUGUUACCUGGACAACCUGCAGGCCAUCCUGGUGUGGGAGGAUGCUGGGACAUCUAUCAAAAUAUUCUGCAUAUCUUUAGGAACUGUUCUAGGAGUCUUUUUAUUACCAGUCAGAUGGUGUGUGAUAGCAGGUGUAAGCUGUGUGUUUAUAGGAAAUGAAGAAUUUUACAAAGUUGCUGUGCAAUAUAUAGAAGUACUUAAGAGUAGCAGUAAGGAACCAGUUACAGAGGAGCUUGUUAGAAAAGAGUCAGCCCCCAAAGUGGAGGAUGGAUACCUGAACCAUCAUGUCACUGCUGAAAGAUCCCAGCCAGAUGCAGAGGUUUUCAGACUCUGCACCUUUCCCGGUGUCUGUGGUGGUUUCUGGUGGUGGUGGCUGGUGUGUGAGACCUUCCAACAUGUAGAGUCCAUGUGGGACUUUGUGGUCUUUCAGAGUUCCCUGUCGGAGAGCAGUGACAGUGAUGGUGAGGAGGCAGAGAUCCUGGAGGGGGGAGAUUUCCAAGAUGUCAUCCAUCGGGCACAUUUACCGGCUCCGGACAAGUGUGUCUUCUAUGAUGCCGAGUCAGAGGAAGACACAGGCUCAGAUGAAAACCUGGAGAGAAAAGAGCGCAUAUCCAGAACAGGGCAGCUGAAGACUCGAGUCGUGUCCAAACUGGCAGAGUUCAGGAAUAGGAACAAAGCCCUUCCAACAAACUGCACCUUGUGUAAUGCUGUGUUCCAUUCAGUCCUCAAGAGAAGGAGAUACUGUCGUCACUGUGGCAACCACUUCUGCUCUCGCUGCUGCCACGAAAAGGUUCCCCGAUCAGUGUUUGGUGCGACAGCCCCAGCAGCAAGCAGAGAAACUGUGGUCGUGUGUAACAUCUGCUACAACGUGCUGAAGAAAGUCAGCCAGGAAGACUCCAUUCAACUGUCUGAGGCACAAGUGCUCUAGUACUGGUACCAUCGCAUUAUCAGACACUGACUUGUUUGGGUGAUUUUCAGUCUUCAGAGCUGUUACUGAUAGAUCAGUGAAUACCUGUAGCUGGUAGCUAGGUUGGUAGCUAUUAAGUUAUUUUCAUUGUUGAGGACUUUCAGCCAUAGCCUGUGUGAGGUUGAAGAACAAAAAACAUCCUCACACCCAUGUCAUACCCGAGCAGCUACGUAUAGUUUAUUCACUACUGUGACUUUAAAGCCUGUGGACCUCCAUGACAGUGAUAAGAAGUUUGUAAACUGCGAUUUACUUAUGCACUAAGUCUUUCAUAUGGAAUUUCCUAGUAGACUUUUAGUAUUAUUCAUAUCAGUCCUACAUCAUAUACAAGUAAUACAUCCCUCGGUUGGUUUCGUAGAAUCUUGAUAUUUGGAAAAAUAUCACUGGUUAUUUUUCAAGGAGCAUUUUUGCAAAAAAUUGCUUUAAGUGAAUCUAAUUCUGAUUUCAAUUUAGAUUAAUUGAAAUCAAAGAUAGAGUGCAGAUAUGCCAAAUAAAAAGAAAUACUAAGCCAGCUCCAGUUCAGUAAAUGGUAACAGAUUGAUGUAACUCUGAGGAGAAACCAAUUUCUGCUAUAUCUUGCAAAUUUAAUACUACUGGACCUUAGUACACUCUUUGUAAUGGUGCAGUAUACAAUGUAUGUUUACACAAAGCUGUGACUGGGUAGACAAAUCGAAUCAAACCAAGGACAUGAUAUCCAACAAAAGAAAACCAAAUCUUAGUAACGAGACUGAAGGAAGUGUUACCACAGUAAUGUCAGGAUCUCUUCAUUGGAAACUUAUUGAUGGGUCAGUUCUACAUCGGAAGCCACAUGAAAUCAAAUACAACUCUUCAGCCCUUGCAUGUCCAAGGUACACCAACCCUUCAAAUCAACUAUAUGCCAAAUUGUCACUACCGGUAAUCAAAAAGAGAACAUUAUAUGUGUACUUUGUACCUUGGAUAGGAAUGGACUUACAUAGAAACACUGACUUCUUUCCAUGGAAAAAUGUGCCAGUAGAAACACAAGUAGUGUAUAAUACAUAGGUUUAGGGUAGAUGAAGGUUAUCACUGUCACUUAAAGAUCAAGGAAAUAAAGGUGAUAGCUCUUAGCUUAGUAAAGUAAUAUUACAUCAUGUAUUUAUUUAGAAUUUUGUGCUGAUUUUUUAUAUUUUUAUCACACAACUUAAAAACCUACUUUUGAAAGUUUAAAAAUUUGUCCUAUGAGCAGUUUAAAAUCAAGAAGGUGCAUGCAUGUAAAUGAUGUUUUAUAUUGUUCUCUGCUUUAGUGUGGUGUUAUGAUGACAUAGUUACAAUCAAUACAAUAACAACUACUACAAAGCAGUAACAUUAUCUGUAGCACUCUUGAAUAAGUAACAAAAAAGCAAUGCAGUAAGAAUAAAUAUAAUGUUAUCUGUGAAGUACAUCUGAUGUGUGUUGUGGUACCAAAGCUUAAGAUGUUGCAUUUAUCUAUGGUAACAAAAUUAAUGAUUGUGUGUAUGCCAUGUUUAAAAACUAUGACACAUACAUGUAUGCAAGGCUACAGCAUGACUGCAGUAUGAGCACAGCUAUUUUUUAUAUAAUUGUUUCAUUGUGCAAUGGAGAACUUGACUGUUUUGAGGGCAUUUCUGAAUCAGAAACUUGUGCUGUAUGUAAAGGUCACUGGUGCAAGCCAUAUUGAGAAAGCUGCCAUUUCAUACAGCCUUUUUGAACAAAUUAAAAGUACAAUAUGUUAGCUGAAUAUACUAAUCUCUGUUGUACAAUAUGCUUAUCUUUCUUAAAGAUAUUUGAAGCAGGACAAAUGUACUGAUAAGGUAUGAUAGCUUUUAUUGAGUAUCAUUUUUGUGUUCCUUUUGCCCCUACAUUUCAGUUGGAUUUAGGAGUAUACAUUGAGGACCUGGGUGUUCAAACGAUUGUUACACCUGUGAAUCAGUCAGUGAUGUUGUCAUUCAUACUUUCAAUCUUUAAUCUUACAACACACGGUAAUGUGGUUUCAGGGAUGCCCCUUUAUUUGUUUAUGAUCGGUGCCAUGGAUGGGUAAAUGUAGCCUGGGUGCCAGCUGAUUUACAUGACUUUGUACUACUGGGGCUUCUAUGCUUACCUUCCAUAAACAAUUGGGGUAGUGCAAGUAUAGGAGCCCCAUGCCAGUAGUAAGUUGGAUGGCACCCAGGCUUGGGCAAAUCCAAGCUAAUCCAGUCAGUACUUAAGUUCUGGGCUUUGGAACUGACUCCUGUCAGUUAUGUAUGUCUUUCACAUCAAAUGUCCAUAUACAAAAGUACAUCAUGAAUUGUUAUGUUUAUGAUAAAUUCUAUAUCUACCCUAACUAACCUUGAAGCAUCUUGGUAGUUUAUUAUUCCUAACUCACAAUGCUGAUUGUUUCCCACAGUGUAGUUUGACUUUGAAGAACUCAGCUUCAGGUCAGUUUAUGACUUGUGGAACAAAAACAGAGGAUGUAGCAUCUCUUUCAGUGUAGCAAUGAUACAGGCUAUAGAAGAUAUGCUGUGCAUACUAUAUUUAUUAGGCUUCUCAACAAAUGCAAAUCAUGUAAUACAAAAGUCCAAUCAUGUAGUUGUUUGGUGCAUAUGUUGUUUUAAUUUGAUGCUACAAAAGUGCAGUUGCUUUAUGUAGUUGACAUGUAACAGCUCACAAAUCGCAUAAUUAUGUAAGUGCUUAAUAUGUAUAUAAUAUAUAUCUUUAUACAAUGUUGCAUUCGAAUGUGUACUAAUGUACCAAUAAAUCUUGGAACACAGUCGGCUCAUCACAGAUGUCAAUGAAGUACUGGACAUAUGGAACUUUCUACAGUAUACCAUUAGAGUUAUGUCAGACUUCCACGCAAGGUACAAGAAGAAAAGAUUGCAUUAUUCUCUUGAAUGUUCUGUUGGUGUGAAAUGAUUGUACAAAGAAAAUCAGAAGUCCAUGCAGGUAUAGCAGUUCAUGAGCAGUCUUAAUCUUAUGUACUUAUGCAGAAGACCAUAGCAGAUACAUGCCAAUCAAAUUCCAAAGUCUUGUAUUAUAUAAUGACAAAAGAUAAGCAUAUUUGCAGUGUUGUAACAAUUUCUCCAAGGCACAAGAUAUCAGUUUUUGUAAGUUUGCUCCGCAAGUUCCUUUUACUGUCAGACAUCUGCAUAUGGGUCAGGGCUGUCUCCAGCUUUGGGCUUUUUUCUGUCAUGCUUAUGGAAAUUUCAUGUCAUGAAGUUCAAACUUCAGACAGUCUAGGGGAAAUUCAAUUUGUUUGCCCCAACAAGCAGACUUCUAUUCUGGGCUGGAGGGACUGGACCUGGGGACAGCCCUAAUGUGGGUUUUGGAAUGAUAUACAUGUGUAGGAACCCGCAGGUCUGUGUGAUACAUUGUAAGGGAUCACAUUGCCCUUACCUCAAAGGCCCUGGCCAUCAACUUAUAAUUGAGUGCAGUGCAGUCACUUUGUGUAAUAUUUAUCUAUGACAAUUCCUACAAUGUAAUCUAGAUGUAUCGUUUAUAAUAGGUGAUGUUGUUUGGUUUUUCAUACAGAAUAUAUGAAUCACAGUACUAUGUUGAAUUUCGGGUAACGUUACGUCAAAGCAUAUUAUUCAAGUAUUUUAUACUUUGUUUUUUAUAUUUUAGAGAUGUUUUAAUGCUGCAUUGCAUCAAAGAUGUACGUGGGCCAUGAUACUGCAAUAAAAAUGUACUUUUAAGAACAUUAA